AACAUCAAUCUUAGCUAUCGAUAUGUGGUACAUAAAUUCGACCUAAAAGAUCAAAAUGAAUUUUCCUUCAAUUUUGAAAUCCAUCAUCCUGCAAUCCUACUCUAUGUUCGGGUUGAAGGAUUCGUGGUAGCUUCAUCAUACAGGAUAGGAGACUCAAAACGUGGAACUCAAUACUGAAUUGUGUGCGUUAUACGGUAUCAGCAGGCGCAAGCCUCGUUAUCCCACGAAUCAUCCUUCGAAAUGCUCAAGAUAUUUCAAAGAUACGAACUGGUGAAAGGACGGGUAUGGAUUUUAUGUUUGAUGUUCCGCAUUUCAUUGAUUCGCUCAAACUCUCUUGUCCGCAAUUGGUGCUUUAUCGAUAUGUUGAUGAUGUUCCGAUUCGAGCGAAGGGAAAUGGUCCGAUUACUUUGUUACCUGAAAGUUUAGUUUCUGAAGUGAUUCCAAAAACAGGACUCGAGCACCCAGAGACUUGGAAGGGAUUAUUUCAGGAUUAGUUGGACGUAGUCCUCAAUUCCAGGGUGCAAGGGACGAUGGAAACCCCAGUUUUGAUUGAGCUUGGGAGAUCUUAUCUACAGUAUCCGAUAUAUUCUGAUGAUGAGAACUUUGCGCUUUCUUUUGGCAGAAUUUUGAAACUUAGACAAGAUGUGAGAAUUCUAGCCACCAUGGUUCUGCAGAAUCUGUUGUCUACAUACAACAUAUCUCGGGAUAUAUCGCAUCCAAUUCUUCCUGAUGCAUUUUUUGGUGGGCAUCUUAGAACAGAAAUAGAUGCCAUGAAAGCUUGGGCCGGCAAAGAUUGGAUCGACCAAAGUUACGAAGUACAAUCAAAACACUACUUGCAUAAAAUAGCCUCUAUAAAUCUCACCUUAAUCUAUGUAGCAUCAGGAAACAAGACCGAAAUCGCCAGAUUCUCACGAGAUGCAGCUGCAUACAAUCUCACUGAAAAAUCCAUGUUGCUUGAUGCUAAAGAUAGGGAAUAUUUGAACACGUUGGCAUGGGAUCAACAGGCAUUGGUGGAUUUUCUUGUUAUGACGAAAAGUUCAAUUUUCGUUGGGAUAGGCCAUUCGAAUUUUGCAUGGAAUGUCGCGUUGAAGAGACAUGCGUAUUCGGAGAUGAAGGAGGGAUAUUUAGAUGGGCCGGAGAUAUUGAAUGAUGAGUUGAGUAAGGUGUAUGGCGUGAUGGGUAUGCAUCCGGAAUAUGCGGCUUGUUUGUGGCCUUGAUUGUGCUAUGAUGGUUAAAUGUUAUAUGGAUUGCUGUUUGAGAUAUGGAACGUAUGGGUGAUUGAUUUUGGCUUGAGGUAAAUAUAUGUGUAGGGCUGCAGAAUUAAUGAAAUUAUUGAGCGGUAUCUUUCCGAUUCGUU